AUGUCUCAAGUACAUCAACAAGAAGUCAGCGACGAGGAGUCCGAAGAAGAGCAGACACAAGUCCAACCCCCUCCCAACCCUACAGGCGGCCGCAAGCCCGCGAAACUCGCACGAAAGUCAGCUGCGCAACAAGAAUACCUGGAAAAUUAUGUCCCAGAGCCACUCCCCGGUAGAAGGAUUGGACCCAUUCGUGAAUCGCGGAUCAAGGAUCGACCAGCGAAAGUGGGCGAGAAGGACAGCAGUUUGAAGAUCAAGAUUGAGCUGGAUCUGGAAGUUGAGGUAGAGCUCUAUGCGCGAGUGAAGGGCGAUGUGACCAUUGGGUUGAUGUGA